AUGUGGGUUCUGGAGAAGUUGAGGGACACCGUGUCUUUGGACUGGAACUUUUUCAUGGACAAAACUGAGGAAAAGGGACCUUCUCAUUGCCUCCAUCACAACAUUAUCACUCCGGAGCAGAUACCAGAGUUCUCCCUACCCCCCAGACUGUGCAAGAGCCCCUCCGUACCCCUCACACAACAGGACCCGCUCCAACUGCUCCCCAAACCCCACCACCCCAACAAACCACACCCCGAGAGAGCCACACGACCGGAGAGUUUGGGUCUAUACGAGCGCCCCAACACUAAACGUAAAGAGUCGCUGUUCCACGCCAAACGCCCGGUGUACCUGUUCGACCGCAGCCCCGCGACCCGCCCUCCAGGUCCCGCUCCAGGCCCCGCCCCUCAGCCCAGGUUCGGGCUCCGAGCGGCGGGCACGAGGAGCGGCGCCGUGGCCCCUCAGUCUGGAUCUGUCUCGUCGUUGUGUGAAAGUUCCUCCUCCUGUGACACCUCCCCCCUCGCAUCUCCCAGCAUGCUUAGGGGCGCAGACUCAUGCCCCGCCUUAACACAGAUACUGAGGACUCCCCCAGGCCCGUCCCGCUCAGGCCCGUCCCCCCCAUCCCCCUCAGGCCUGUCCCCCCCGUCCCCCUCCGGCCUGUCCCCCUCGUCCCUCUCGCCGCUCUUCCCUCUGGACGUGCUGCGCUGCUGGGACAGACUUCCCACAGAACACGAGCUUCCACUGGAGGGACGUGGGACCGUUCGCCUGUCCAUCGAGCACUACCACACCCACACCACCCCCCCGUCGUCCAGAUGCACCGUCCGACUCCGGGUCGCGUCCGUGGAGCGGGUGUCGGCCCUGAGCUGCGCCCUCCACGUGUGCCUGAUGCCCGGGAGGAGGCAGAGGCAGAGGAGCGCCAUCAUCAGGCAGAGCAGGGUCACAUACAGGUUUAAUGAGGACUUCUUCUUCACAGAGCUGGAGGAGGAGGAGCUGAGGGGGCUGCAGCUCAGGGUCAAAGUGCUGGAUAAGACUGCAGGGGGCGCUAGACUGAGGAGAGGGGCCCUGGUCGGAGUGGUGUCCAAACCAAUGACAGAGCUGCUGGACAUUGACAAGAAAUAG